CCUCCAUGUAGGUGUCGCUGAAUGCUUUCCGGAUGUUGAAUUGAAAACAAGAGUACAUUGUAAGACGCGGAACAGCCGCGGAACAGCCAACUUCACAGAAUCUUCAUCCGAGCCACUCUCCGUGCUUCCGCCAUUCGUAACUUGGCCACUCUAGGUUUAUGAAUGCUUGCGCGGCUUCUGAGAGCGCUGCAACUGCCUACCUAAACUUGAGCACUCAAUGCUAAAAUCCACCCGCGAUCUAUAGCUCCUGGCCCAAGCGAUUCUACGAUUGAUUGGUUGGGCCUUGAAUCUGGAAGUCUUCGGAAUACUCAUCAAGAUCUGAAUCAUAUGAAAAUGCGAGAUGCUCCGAUUCUAUUCAUCCGCCCAUGUCGCCAUCAACCUUGCCCCGGCGUAAACAACGCUCGCUACUCCAAGAUGCUAACUAGAAGAUGAGCAGAGAAAAAGUGAUCAUCAAAAAUUUCUAACAGUCACGCCAAGACAUGAAUUGGUCUGCACAGAUUCAUGGAGCAGACGUGUCAUGACGCCGGCGGAGACGAAGCCCGCCAUUGGGCAGUUAACCGCGUCGCAGCUCCCGCGAAUGAAGAGUACAGAUGAUAGCGGGUUAAUAAUGCCCAACCUUGUGCAGCUGCUUGCGCUGGAGCUUGAACCUUCCUGCAGGAUGCCCCUUGCCCGUGACCAAGGGGUGAUGCACGAUGCUCCAUCUGUCACGACAAUAACGUGAGCAUCAGAACAUUGUUUUGUACCGCGUGUCCACUGCGGUGAAUAGUAUG